AUGUACUCACGGAUGUUUGGGACUGGCAAACGUCAAACUUGUUGGAAAACACAUCGCGUGCGCCCGCCGCGACGGCAUGUGGCCGAGGCCCGCGAAGAGACCGACAGGCGCGCGAUUUCGCGUGAUAAACACAUCGUUUUUCACAAAAAAACACUGUCAAUUUUCGGUAAAAGUGCGGAGCGAGGCGAGAUGUGUCGUCCGUGGCCGCGUUCGCAUCUAAACGGCCCGAGUUUUAUGUUAGAUUACAGACGUAACUUUUAUAGAUCCUCGGUGCUAUAUAACGCGGUGGGCGGUUUCGGGGAAGACUGCUCCUUAUGUGGUCACAGUAAGGAGUAUAAUAGCGCGCAGGCACCGUUGCACGGGUGUCAU